GACCAAGUUGGCCUUCCCUAGUUUCAGUAUUUUUCGCAGAAUUUAUUUGGUGCACAAGCACCGGUUGUCAAUAUAAUUAUAAUUACAUUAAACCCUCCUAAAACAAGCAAAUCAACGGCAAUCGAACAACUCAACGGGCUAAUAAUAAACGCCAGAGAGUGGCGCACAUCCGCCAAUUGCUCAACAUCAAGCGAGGAAAACACGGCGGAAAAAUGGAUCUGCUAGACUCAAUACUCAACGCCAUGGAUGCACCGCCUGCCAACAACGAGCAACAGAAGUCGCUGAUCAAGAAACAGCGCGAAAUGAUGGAGCGGAUGCAGAACAAACAGAAGGAGGAGCUCCUCCGAUUCCGAAAGUAUGUGGACGAACGGAUGGGACGAUUUGCCAAGGACGACAGGCGAUGUAUCGAGUUCCAGCCGCUGGACAAGGUGCAUCGCUCGGUGAUCCACGAAGUAGCCGAAAAUGGUGGUUUCAUUGCCAUGAGCUUUGGACGCGAGGAUGUGGACCGACAUUCGGUUGUGUACAAAAAGGAGCACGCUCCUGGCGAAGAUGAGGUCACGGCGCGUCGGAACGGUGACGGCUGGAACGAUGAGAUAGCCAAGGAGUACGCGGAGCGACGGCGGGAACGAUUGGCGCAGGAGCAAAGUGACAAAGAAGCCUCCGCAUCCGAAGCAGCAAGUUCCGCCUCGUCCACAUCCGCAGCCGCGGAUCAGGACUCUGCCGAAGUUAAGCCCACGACCAACUACAAGGCCAAGUAUGCGCACCUCAUCGGGGAGUCGGCCGCAUUGCAGGCGGCUCGUAAGACGGAGACCAACCAAAGCUACGGAUUCGUGCCCAGCAAGAACAAGAAGGAUGUGCGCUCCAUCGAACAAACUUUGGCCGACAUCCAGGCCAAAAAGCGUCUGCGAUUAGCUCAGCAGCAGGAGCUAGAGCAGGAGCAACUAGCGCAAGAGGCAACCACAUCCACAGAGGACCCAUGAGUCGGCUGCGACCCAAUUAGUAUACAGAUAGCUCACUUAAUGCAGGACUGUCGCAACCAAAAAUGAUAAUACUUUGUAAGGGCAUCGUAAAUAACCAUAAAAAGGAGAAUCAGGCAUGAUAUACUCAUCUUGUUCCUGCUCGAUAAUAUUUGACAAAACAAGCCAUUGGCUAACUUUAUGUAGCCAAAGAUUUUUAAAAUUUUGGUAAUUUAUACGAUCGUUUUGCUCUGAAUAAUCGUAUUUGGAAAAAGGGAAAAGGCUUGAUAAUAAUUUUUAUCUUAGAAUAACCCCAUUAAAAUGUUUUCCCCAAAAUGCCCUAUUUUUGAGUUAUGACAGCCUUGUAUCGAGUGAGAUUAGUUUUGUUGAUUCAGAUUAGUCACAUGAAAGGUCACUGACUGCCAUGUAAAUUAUAUGUAAUAAGCAAUUUAUUUUGUUGGCCAUUUAGGAUGCGAAAGUUGUAAAUGUUUUAAGCAAGUUAUGUGUCCGUAGCAGCGUCCAAAUCGCAAUAUCUAUUUAUAUAAUAAAAACUUGAAAAACGUCGACUGGUUCAAAUAAAUCUAAAAAACGGAGCGCCACUCAAAAGUCCCCAAAAAAUCCAGAACAUUUCCAUUCCAGUAUUUUUUCGUUUGUCGCUUCUUGUCACGGUGGUGAAGCAGUCACAGUUUAGUGUCAGCCGAGAGCCACACCACGUGUUGCACAUUUCAAGAAGUAAAAACUAAAGUUACCACGAUGGCCAAAAGAAAACACAGCAAAAUUGCCCAAAAUACUAUAGAAAAGGAUAUGUUUAAUAGCUGAAAGUUAUAUAGUAACUGAAAGAUUGCCGAAUCACGAAAAUGAGCAAUUGCCUUUGGCAGAGUGGCACGUGUGACCCAAAGAGUCUCACCUUGAGACUUUUGGGGACUAACGGGUAUAAAAAGUUUAUGCGAAAAACCGGAUAUCUCUGACUGAAACCCAAAAAAAUAAAGGAGUUCCACAAUUAAAAACCGGAUAUCUCUGACUGAAACCCACAAAAGGAGUUCCACAAUUAAAAACCGGAUAUCUCUGACUGAAACCCACAAAAGGAGUUCCACAAUUAAAAGCCGGAUAUCUCUGACUCAAUCCCAAAAAAAUAAAGGAGUUCCACAACUAAAAGCCGGAUAUCUCUGACUGAAACCCAAAAAAAUAAAGGAGUUCCACAAUUAAAAACCGGAUAUCUCUGACUGAAACCCACAAAAAAAGGAGUUCCACAAUUAAAAGCCGGAUAUCUCUGACUGAAACCCAAAAAAAUAAAGGAGUUUCACGAUU